GCGCUUCCUUUCCGCUCCACGUGAUUUGUGAUGACCGCCAAACGAAUCACACCGCUUCGCAUGUUCCCGUGGGGCCUUGUUGAAGAGUCGGUGGAAUCGGCGCAUCCGCACACGCUCCACGGCUGCUGCGAGGAUGGCAAGGAGAGGGCUCAAACCCUGACCAACUGCAACGACCUCCCCUACAUCUCCCACUACCACGCCUGCAGGCUGGCCCAGGAGCAGUGCUGCGUCGCCGUCGCUGAGCGGCGGCUGUGCGACCAAGGCGCCUCCAUGGCCAACUGGCAGGGGGCUUGCGAGAGGCACUUCUUCCCCGGGAAGCCUUGGGAAAAUCAAAUCGCCAAGAGGUGCUGCGACUGCUGCAUGUUGGGCAUGGCGUCGGCGGACCAAGACCCGGAUUGCGGCUUGAGUUACAUGGCCCUCGGCAUCGAGUGCGAGGAGGUUGCCAGAAACUGCUGUUCCAAUUACACCGCGGGGGGAUUUAAUUCGACUGCAGUGAAUAUGACCGCACCGCUCCCAUUCGAUGGUCCCACCGUGCCGCAAGUGAAUUUCACCAUCGUGCCUCUCCUGGCACCAGACAACUGUUCGGUCAUGAAUUGCACGCACCGUUGCAUCGAGGACGGCAUGUGUGCCUGUUACGUUGGUUAUCGACUGGGACGCGACGGGACGACCUGUGAGGAUAUCAACGAGUGUCUGCUCGGCGCACACAACUGCAUAGCCAGCCAAGCGUGCAUCAACACGGAAGGCUCGUUCCGCUGCCAACGGGAAGGCAACUGCGGCGCCGGGUACGAGCUCACGGACAGUAACCAGUGCGAAGACAUUGACGAAUGCGCUUUGAACAUUCACAACUGCGGAGUGGACUUUGAGUGCACCAACGCCGAAGGUUCCUUCCGAUGUUACCCCAAGAACAAGUGCUCCGAAGGGUUCAUUCAAGACCCUUCCGGCAGCUGCAUCGACAUCGACGAGUGUGUGGCCCCCCCGAAUCCGUGCCAGCCCGGCCACACAUGCCUCAACACGCCGGGCUCGUACCAUUGUCGCAGGAACACGAUCACGUGCAGACGAGGCUACCACUUGGACGCCAACGGCACCCGCUGCGAAGAUGUCGACGAGUGCCAGGCGGAUAUCUGUCGGGGGCACGGCUGCGUCAACAUGGUGGGCACAUACCGCUGCAACUGCAAUAGCGGCUUUGUGUUCAACAGCAUCCACAGGCUCUGCGAAGAUAUCAACGAAUGCAAACAUUAUCCCCGGAAGCUAUGUGCCCACACGUGUGAAAACACAGAGGGGUCUUACAAGUGCAGCUGCUCCACUGGCUUUCAACUAUCCUCCGAUGACAGGAGUUGUGAAGACGUCAACGAGUGUGAGUCCAACCCAUGCAGCCAGGAGUGCGCCAACGUCUACGGCUCCUACCAGUGCUACUGCCACCGUGGUUACCAGCUGAGUGACAGCGAUGGGAAAACGUGUGAAGAUAUCGACGAGUGUGCGCUGCCUAACGGUAACCAAGUGUGCCCCUACCGCUGCUUGAACUCACCGGGGAGCUUCGACUGCUCCUGCCCUCCUGUGGGGUACACCCUGGCGUCUAACGGCCGCACAUGCCAAGACAUUGACGAGUGUGCAACCGGAAGCCACUCUUGCGGCGCUUCGGAGAGCUGCUUCAACAUCCACGGAGGAUACCGAUGCUUGGUCUUUCAUUGUCCUCCCUUCUACCGGCAAGCGGCACACAGCCGUUGCGAGCGCGUAACCUGCGAGUUGACACGGGACCCCGCGUCGUGUUUCUCGUUGCCCCUGAGAAUCGACUUCUACAACGUCGCGCUCCCCGCCAACACGCCCACCCCCGUCAACGUCUUCCGGAUGGGCCCCGCCAGAGCCACUCCCGGCGACCUAACGCAACUGAUCAUAGCUUCCGGAGACGAGUGGGGCUACUUUGAGGCCCGCGGGGAAAUGAUCACGCUGCAACGCACCGUGACCACGCCUCGGGACUUCUUUUUGACGCUGGAGAUGAGGCUGACUCGCUCCGGGACAACCCACCUGUACGUGGCCAAGGUCGCUGUGUUUGUCACACGGAUGAUACUGAACCAGCCUUCAUCAGCGGAACCACUUUCUCUGCCGUCUCACGUGUCUCCUGCUGCUUUUGUUUGCCCCAACCUCAGAUCGGUGUACAAGGACUCAAUGAGCGUGCGUUGCCACAAGGCCUGCCACCUCAACAACUUGGCCUGCAUGCGAGACCCCGUCCACAUCGUCACCUACACCGUCCUCUCCCUGCCCACCUACACCGUCGUCGAUCAACCCGAAGAAAUCGCUAUCCUGCGGACAUUGUUGCCGGCUCAUUACGCCAACGGUGACAUCGAUGUGGUCUUUGAAAUACUGACGACGGACGACCAAUACUCCUACGAUGUUGUCAAGCGCGUUCAUCAGGGUUACGUGAUUGGUGUGGUGCGCCAGCUGAGACCCAUCGCUGGGCCCCAGGACGUUGAGUUGCAGGUGGCCUUGAACUUCAUCAAGCCGGGAUUCGUCUCACACCGCAACAUUGUCGUCAUCAACAUUGUCAUCUCCGAGUUCUCGUACUAAGCUGCGUGGCAUAUGCGAGGCGGACGACGACGUCAACAGAUGAAUGAGGACGUUGCGACGUCCGAAUUGUCUGCCCAAAUUAUACAAAUAGCCACUUAUGA